AAUAUCUUACCCCGCAGACCAAAACACGCACAGACCAUAGGCACGCAACCAGAGCGCUACUCGGCUUUGUUGUAAGUGCCACUCUUCCAUGAAGUUCUGAACAAGGUGUGUCUACCUACAGUUAGGCCAGCUUGUUUUUGAACUCAGGAACGGACGACCAACGACAUGGCCAACUGUUCAGAAGAGGUGCCGUUCUCAUCGGACGUUCUAGCAUUGGCUGGAAGGGACCUAACCGUCCGUGCGCUACUCGGCACGGCAUCUGUGUGUUUCGCGUUAACGUUUUUGCUGUACGUGGAGGAGUGUUACUCACUCAGCAAACACGUCACAAGUCCACAGCGGAGGAACAAGCUACUCAUCAUCCUGGGACUGUUUCCAGUUUUCAGCAUGACGUCAGUGGUGACCUUAUGGGUGCCCAGGGCAAGCCUCUAUUCCAACUUCUUAUCAACAGGGUACCUGGCAUUCGCCAUGUUGAUAUUCUUCAGUUUGCUGACGGACUACUAUGGCGGCAAAGAGCGUCUCAUUGAGGAGCUGUCGAACACAGACAUCAAAUACAACACGCCCCCUUGCUGCUGUUGCUGUUUCUGCAUCCCCAAGUCUAGGCUAAACAGGAGGGUACACGGGAACCUGCGGAUCCUUGUGCUGCAGUACACCAUCGUGCGCCCCCUACUGGAAUACAUCGGAGAUGUAGCUGGGGCCGACGGGAGGCUCAACGAUGCUGAGAUCUCUGUCCAGGGCGCGUUUGUAUGGCUGACCAUCCUGCGGCUCAUGUCUACCCUGGUGUGCAUGUACGGCUGUAUGGUCAUCUAUCAGAACGUCAGGGAGCUGGAGAAGUUUCAACACAUCAACAUCAGGGCCAAGUUCAUGCUAAUUCAGACGGUUCUUUUGGUGUCUAAUCUACAGACAGCGCUUCUGUCCAUCCUAGCCACGGCAGGAGCCAUCCCGUGUAACCCUGACACUCUCUUUCCUGCCAGUAGCAGAGCUAACGCUAUGAACCACUUGCUGGUCGUCUUUGAGAUGCUGUUACUAGCAAUUCUCGCUAGGUGGCUAUACCCAAAAGGAGACCCAACCCUGCAGAAGGGCGGUGACAAAACUCCCGCCGCGGUCGAAGGGAGAACCAACCCCGCUAUGGCAGAGGAUGGAGACGUCCAGGCAGACGAACCAACAAAGGCACAAGGGGCUGGUGUGUGACCUCCAGUGACCUCCGGAACAAGCUAAGCAGUCCGGCUGGCUCAACUGAAUCACUCCUUCUAAAUUGCAGACUUCAAACAUAGGGAUAGAUGUAUUCCGAAGUAAACCAUUGCUUUAGUAGAGGUUGGCAUACAUGUAUAUCCCAAAUAUAGAAGGCUAUAGAAAGUACAAUAGGUAAAUUGGACAGGCAUAGAUGCUAAUAGAAUUAUGUAGGAGAGAAUCCUGAAUGAUCAGGAUGUAAAAAAAACACAUAUCCCUCCUACUGAGGACUGUAAAGUACAAUAGGGGAGUUGGACAGGCUUUAAUUGACAUAGAUGCCUACUAAAAUUAUGUAAGGCAACACCCAUUAUUUAGAAAAUGAAGUACAACUAUGCACCAAAAGUAUUUCUAUGAAGUUGAAAUAUUACCUAAAACUAUUUACCAAAAGUAUUUCUAUGAAGUUGACUGUUCAAGAGUUAAGUAUGUGGGGAUGUAUAAGGAACUGUUAUAGUACAGAAAUACAACAAGAACUUUUAUAAUGGGGCACAACAAGGAGCUAUAUGUCAACUACAUAUUCCAGAAUAUUAAACUGGUGUUUUUACCGUUGUUGUGUAUAACAAUGAGUAUUUGGAGUGUGGGUACUUAGUAGUAUGUAAUAUGCUUUCAUUGCAAGGGGUGCAUUUUUAUAUAAUAGCACAAAGCAUAUAAAUAAAAGUUUUUUACAGAAAAGUAUUACUAUAAAGUAUUCAUAAUGUUUGUUUAUGGAUACCCCCAAAACGUAUCUUAGAAUUGUGUAUAAAAAAUAGAAGUAUAAUUAAUUGUAUGUUAUACUGUCUGUAUUAACUAAGCAUUAUUUUGUGUGGAUGCUAAAUAUGUGCCUGUUUUGAAAUAAAGGGUUAUCAAAAUUUGGAUCUUUGAGUAUCAGAGUUCUUAUAAAAUUGUGUUUGAUAUCUUCUCUUCUGAAUGUAUGUGAUUGUUUUGUGUUUGAAUGAAAUCAACAGCAGCAAAAGAGCAAAAGUUGUUAUCUAAAAUCUAUCCUUAAUCACGUAUUGCACUAACAAAUGCACUUAGUAAACCAUCACCA